AUGAAGGCGCGCCUCGACCUCAACCUCGCGCAAACUCCACUCAAAACCCCAAGACGUGCGAACGCGCAGCAAGCGCAGGAAAGGAUGCCGCAUCUAGUAAGUCCCGAGAGGGAUGCAGCGCAGCCCCUCGCGCUCAGCCACAGCAAAGAGACGCCGGAGCGAACUCUGAGUGGCCGGUGUUGCGAGGCCCCGGACCUGGAGGAGCCGAAAGGACCGGCGGUACUGCCAGCGCCGUGGCCACCAACACCAAACGCGCCCCCGGGACCCAGGUCCAAGGCGGCGGCUGGAGCCGGCCGCGCAGGCGGACGCGAGGCCCCGGCGCCCAGAAGCAGGUCGGAGCCGCCGCCACGAGCCAGGCCGCUGCGGGGACACCCCGAGCCGGAAGGCGACGCUUGGCGCGCUCAUGGGGCUCCCCGGCUUUCCGACCUGCCCCCGAGGGCCGAGCCCGGCAUCUCUGGCCGGCAGACCCCGGCGUGGGUCUGGACACCCCAGCCCGCGCCCCUGGCCGCAGGCCCCAGGCCCCAGGCCCGGCUCCGCACCGGAGAAGCCACCCCCAGAGACCCCAACCACAGCCGGCCCGGCCGGCGGACAGACUCGCCGGGGGCACCGGGCAGCCUCCGCCGUCCCUGCUCAGGCCGCGUCCGUGGGGCUCCCACUCCCGGGGCGCCCGCGUCCCCUGUGGACCGGCUCCGGGGCUGGACCCCGGCUCCGCGGGCGCGCCCUGCGUCCUCCUGA